UUUUUUUCAGUUAUUCUUCAACCUGUUGAAUGUUUCCUGCUUCAUUGGUAAUUCAAAUAUCUUGGGUUGUUUUUGUUUCAUACCAGCAUGUUCAUGUUAUUUCUACUGACAAUUACAAAUUUCUUGAGGGAUUUGGCAAUAGGUAUUUAAUUAGCCAAAUGGUAUUGAUAAGUCAUACAAAUAACAAAGUUAGUCAAUUUAUCAUCUUUCAAAUUUGGGUUUUUUUAACUUGAUUUCUCUUCCAACCAUUUGGACAUCAUUCACAUUAGAACAUUAGCGGGGUGGCCAUCAAAAGCUAUGGUGAAUAACAGCUAAAGAUAUGUUGUUACAACAGUUGUAUCAUAAAUUUUUAUCAGUGUAUUCAGCGUCUAAAUAAGACGUGAGAUGCAUGGAUCACUAAAUCCUCCAUGAAAGAUUGCUGAAAAGAUAAAGGCAAGCAAGAACCUAUUUAACUUUCAACUUUCCCUAUGACCUCCUAAAUAUGACAUCCUAUUUAACUUCAUAGGAUGUGAAGAAUCCUAUGAAGGUAUGAAAUGAUUUUCAUUUUUAUUGGAACAAGUGACAUGACUCAAUUGUCUAUGAUUAUGGCCCUUUUUAUAAUUAUUGAUUGAGACAAACUGAGAAAAUCCUUUUCACAGUUGUCGUAGAUAAUGUGUUUGAUGAAGAUAUGUACACAAUAGGGGUCGUUAAUUUCUUAGUACUUUCUUUGUCUUUUUGUAGUGUAGUAUAAAUUGAUAACAUAUAUGGCCAAAGCCCAAUCAUUUUCUCAAACAUUGGAUUAUCAAAUCAAAAUCCUUUUGCACAGUUGUUGCAGAUAAGAUGUUUGAUAAAGAUAUAUACACAAUAAGGGUUGUUAAUUUCUUAGUACUUUCUUUGUCCUUUUGUAGCAUAGGAUAAAUCGAAACAUAUAUGGCCAAAGCCCAAUCGUUUUCUGAAACAUUGGAUUUCUCAAAUCAAAACCUUGAAACAGCUUAAAACUUCUUCCAACUCUUGUUCUCUUUCUCCUCUGGAUUUUCUCUCUAUAAAACACAAAGACGAAAAGGAAAUAUCACCUCAAGACCUAGGAAACGUAACCAGCAAAAGAAGGUGGCUUUUAUGCUAAGUUAUUGAUUGAAAGAUUCCCUAUCUUGGGUUAUUAUCAGAAAAAUUUCUGUUAUGCGUCGAGAAAGAUGAGAGAAACGUUUGGGUUUUUAGUUUGCGUAUGGAUUUUGUUAUUGGGGAAUUGUUCAGGGAGGUUUGUAGUGAAGAAGAACAGCUUGGAAGUGACAUCACCAGAUUCAAUCAUAGGAGUUUAUGACUGUGCGAUUGGGAAUUUUGGGGUUCCUCUGUAUUCUGGAACCUUGUUUGGUACGGUUGUUUAUCCCAAAGCAAAUCAAAGAGGAUGCAUGAUCUUUGAUGAUUUUGACAUAUCCUUUAUAUCAAAGCCUGGUGGACUUCCCACUCUUCUCCUUGUUGAUCGUGGAGACUGUUUCUUCACCUUGAAGGCAUGGAAUGCUCAGAAAGCUGGAGCUGCUGCUAUUCUUAUUGCGGACAGCAUGCAUGGGCCCUUGAUUACCAUGGAUACCCCUGAAGAAGAGAAUGAUUGGUCCGAGUACCUGCAGAACAUCACCAUUCCAUCAGCCUUCAUUAGUAGAGCACUGGGGUACAGUAUCAAGAGGGCCUUAACUUUUGGGGAAAUGGUUAAUAUAAACCUGGACUGGAUGGAGUCUCUUCCAGACCGGAUGGAAUCUCUUCAACAUCCUGAUGAGCGAGUUGAGUAUGAGUUUUGGACAAGUAGCAAUGAUGGUUGUGGGCCAAAGUGUGAACGCCAGAUAGAAUUUGUCAAGAACUUCAAAGCAGCUGCUCGAAUACUUGAGCAGAAAGGGUACACACAAUUCUCCCCACACUAUAUAACUUGGUAUUGCCCUGAACCUUUUAUUUUGAGUGAACAGUGCAAGUCACAGUGUAUCAAUCAUGGGAGGUACUGCACCCCAGAUCCUGAGCAAGACUUCAGUAAAGGAUAUGAUGGUAAAGAUGUUGUGGUUCAAAAUCUUCGCCAAGCUUGCUUUUUCAAAGUUGCUAAUGAAAGUGGAAAGCCAUGGCUCUGGUGGGAUUAUGUUACAGACUUUGCUAUCCGAUGCCCAAUGAAAGAGAAGAAGUAUACCAAAGACUGCGCAGAUAAAGUUAUCCUGUCUCUUGGUGUUGAUCUCACUAAAAUAGACAAAUGUAUUGGAGACACUGAAGCUGAUGUGGAUAACCCACUUCUUAAAGCUGAACAAGAUGCACAGAUUGGCAAAGGCUCCCAUGGAGAUGUAACCAUACUGCCAACUCUUGUGAUAAAUAACAGACAGUAUAGAGGGAAGUUGGACAAACGAGCUGUUCUCAAGGCAAUUUGUGCAGGUUUCGAAGAGACCACAGAACCAGCAAUAUGUUUAAGUGAAGAUAUAGAAACUAAUGAGUGCUUAGAAAACAAUGGUGGGUGCUGGCAGGACAAGGCAGCUAACAUUUCUGCAUGCAGGAAUACCUUUUCGGGAAGAGUGUGUGAGUGCCCGAUAGUUAAUGGUGUGAAGUUUUAUGGAGAUGGUUACAUGCAUUGUGAAGCUUCUGGUGCUUUACAUUGUGAAAUCAACAAUGGAGGAUGUUGGAGAAAAACACUGGAAGGAAGGACAUAUUCUGCUCGUAUUGAUGAUCAUUCCCAUGGUUGCAAGUGCCCGCCUGGAUUCAAGGGUGAUGGAGUCAACAGCUGCAAAGAUGUUGAUGAGUGCAAGGAAAAGCUGGCCUGCCAAUGUCCUGAGUGCAAAUGCAAAAAUACCUGGGGCAGUUAUGAUUGCAGCUGUAGUGGUGGUUCAUUGUACAUACGAGAGUAUGACACAUGCAUCAGUAAGGAUUUUAAAACAGAGGUAAGCUGGGGCUCUGUUUGGGAAAUAAUUCUUGGUAUUGUUACAAAAAAAGAAUCCAGAGACACAUGGAUUCGGAGACUUGGGCUGUAAUGGCACGAUGCAUUCUAAUGGAUAAUAAACCCAAUAACGUUCACCAUCCAGAUAUCUAAAAGCAGCCUGGUCUCCCUACUUAUCCAGUUGGAAGUUGGUUCCUUUUUUGACGAUGUAAAUCUAAAUUAUAAAGCGAUGGACAUAAUUCCUGUGUAUCACAGGAAAUGUUUGGUGUUUUAUCUUUUAUAUAAAUUCCUAUAUGAUUUGCAUUUAUGCUCCAUUUCUUAAGUUGCACUGUUAUUUGGCUUGUCUUUACUUUAGGAACAUGACAUCAGUAACAGCGUAUAUUUUUAUAUUUACUACUGCUUAUCAGAUCAAUUGCUUGGAAUCAAUAAAAUUCACAUUGG